GCCAACCUUUCUUCGUCUGUAAUUCUGUCGUCUUUAUAAUCUGGUAGGUGCGACGUAGAAACGGACAAUAACUUCCCCUCUCUUCUCUCCAUUAUCCGAUACCCCAUUUUCCAACGACGAACUAUCACGAAUUUUUAACGACGACGACGACGAUUUGAUCAAGUUAAUCAGGACUUGACAACCCCCACGAACCCAAGAACAAACACAUACCAAACCAACUCCCCCCAUAAAUCUAUCCAAAAUGCGCGGCGGUGCCCACGAGCUCAAGGUCCACUACAAGGGCAACAACGAAGAGGACUUCCUCGUCUUCGUCGACAGCAAGGACGACUACAACAAGUGGCUCGGCGACAAGUCAACUCCUCUGGCCCAAGUCGUUUCCGUCUUCGAGGUCUUCACCACCCACAAGCAAGGCAGCCAGGGUAUCUACUCGGCCGCGUCCCAGGCGAUGCUCGAGAACGAGUUUGGCACCAAGAACGCAGAGGAUGCCAUUAAGCAGGUUUUGGAGAAGGGCCAUUUGCAGGAGAUGGCGUUCCCCGAGCGCCAAGGAAGGAAGAAUGACUCCAACAACGACGCGUUUAUCACCCGUUAAGCAACUCUUAACUUGUCAACAUCAACGACAUGGCAUGACACGACACGACAUUCUUGAGCGGAAAGCAUUGAACUAAGUGAGCCGGCGUUUUGAGAAACAGACGGGCUGGGCUUGGGCUUGAGCUUUUGUGGGCUUGGGGAUUUGGAGUCGAGUGGUGGAGUGACUGGAGUGAAUGGAGCGGAUGGGAACGGAUUAGAGCAGCGCUUAUGACGAUACCAUACUUAAUGAUGACUGCUUGAUUCUGAAGAACAAACAAAACAUGUAAAGUUUCUGUGCGACGUGUGAGGGGUAUAUGUGCGGUGACUGUGAUGGGCUCUAGUGCGCAUGAAACUAGAUUUGAGGUUUGAAGACAAGUCAGGAAAAAGGAAGAUGAUAUCUGUCAUCAAACUCCUUGAGGAUUGGGUCGUUGUAUGUAAUGAAUGAACUUGCCAAUUCAGUUGGUUUCGCUGACCAUGACAAGAGGGACAGUUCCGAAACCUCGACAUCCAUGCCACAAAC